AUGUUGCUUCUAAUGCUGCUCAACCUCGCGGCCCUGGCGAAAUGCAACGAAGAUAGAAUAGUCGAUUUCGUAUCGUCGAUCAUCUGCAAUUCGUUCGAUGAAUUCCAAACCAUAUUUUACAUAAGCGACGGCUCCAGCUUCACCGAUUACAUCCACAAAUCGCUGCAGAAAGAUCUCACGAUGGUCGUGGUGCCGCCGUACGAGAACGUCUUGAAUUACAGACCUGAAAAUUUUCGCGCCGUCGGCGCUAUAAUCGCCACGGCUAAUUUAACUUAUUUGAAUGCAAUUUUAGGCGAGAAAAGUAUCGGCGAUUUCAAAAUGUAUCCGCAUUACAGAAUCUUAAUUUUCUUGCAAGGAGUUGAAGCGGAUUAUAAGAAAUACCCGUUCGAUUUCGCGCAAGACAUCGAAGCUUUGGAUCUGAUGAUCGUUCAAGUCGAGACGAUAGAAGAGUUCAAAUCGAAGCGCAAUUUCCUUAUCAAACUCAUUUACUUGAAUAAGGAUAAAGUUAUAUUGGAGUGGAAUGGUGAAGAUGAAUUGCAGCUCGAUGUUGAUGAUUUAAAUAUGUUGGAAUGGAAACCGAAAGAUGAGUACGUCUUCAACGUAGCCGCAUUCAAUUGUCCACCGUACAUUUACUCCACGGACAAGGAAGCUUACGACGGAAUCGAAUUCAGGAUUAUUCAGCACAUCAUGAGAAAGUUCAAGGUGGAGUAUCAGAUUUUCACGGAGAAGGAGCGCGAAGGGCGCAACGAAAGCUUGUAUUCGAUUGUAAAAGAGUCGGUUUACAAUGGAAGCAGCGACAUCGCCGUUUGCUCUCACUGGAUGUUGUCUUUAGGGAAAUAUUUCUCCAUGUAUGAUACGACCUUUCCCUACGCUCAAGCUUGCAUAACGUUUCUGGUACCGAAACCGCAACCGAAACCCGACAGCGGCUUCAUCUUUCAACCGCUGCAACCGACCACUUGGAUCUUGAUGUUCACCAGUUCAUUCACCACCACCUUAAUACUCUACGGUUUAGGAAUGUACUAUAAAACUGUUCGCAACGACCCGAAUCCCUUCGCGAAUCUCGUCGACAGUUACCUGGUGAUUGUCCGGAUCUUCACCUUGAGCGGACUUAACGUUUUCCCGAAACCCUCUCUACGAGGAAUCCGCAUUUUCUUGACCUGCUGGUCCUUAAACACUCUCCUCUUGGCCACAGCUUACGCGGCGGGCUUCACCAGCGCCUUGACCAGCGUACAAUUCUCCGACCCAAUCAACACUCUUCAAGACAUGGUGAACCACAACAUCUUCUGGGGUGGUCCAGACUUGAACACGAAGGCAAUGCUCGAGGGAGGAAACGAAAUCCACCGGAUGAUUGCGAAAAAUUACGGGAUCGAACCGAACAACCGGUACAGAGAUAUGCGCGUGAGAUGCAACAAUUACGCACUCAUCGUCAAAAAGUUGUCGCAGUAUUACUUAACGGACACGGAAACGUUGGAUAGUUACGCUAAAACGCACAUGAAAAUAUUGAACGAAUGCGUCGGGGAAUUUGGCAUCAUCUUGAUUCUCCGCAAAUCCUCACCAUUCACGAAGAUCUUCACCGAGCAGAUCACAAGGCUUCUGGAGCACGGCUUCAUAGACUACUGGUACGCAAAGAUGAUGUCCAACUACAAUCUCGAUUACCUCUACAACUUCUUCACCUCUCACACGGAAGCAACCGUAUCAAGACCGUUGAGAAGUAGCCAACUGCUUGGAAACUUCUAUCUGUUAUUAGCAGGACUCACAAUCUCAGCCCUAACAUUUUUCAUCGAGUGCCUCGUUAAGCACUACUCGAGGCAGCAAUAUUACUUUAAUUAUUAA